GACGAUUUCAUUUUAUUCCAAAAAGUAAAAGAAAGACAAAUUGAAAGCAUUUGCAAUAGGAGUAGCUUACCGUCGUCUUCAGCUACUCGUCGGACAACUAUCGGACUCUUCAGGUGUUGCUGACCGUCGCCGUCAAUUGCCACCUGAAACUUCCAGUUAUUCCUCCUACACAACCGCCGAAAAAUAUUAACAAAUCUCUCUUGGCCAUUUUUAGCGCUCAUGGGUGAACAGACCCAAGUACAAACACAAACCGAAACCCAAACUCCACCCCAACCCCAAUCUCUACCCAUUUCUGAUUCCACCCUUGUAUCGAACUCUACAGUUGAUCUUCCCUCAAACCCCUCUAACCCUUCCAAAAUCCCAAUUCGACCACAGAAAAUCCGAAAACUCUCUUCCACCCCAUCCUCCAAUGGGAAACCCCCUCAAACCACCGAAGCAUCGGCAUCCACUGCAACAAGCGGAGCGGUUACCGCAACCAAGAAUCGUCGGAAGAGUGCACCGAAAUCAUCAAGGGUCUUGCCCCAAAUCAUCAAACCCUUAUCAGCUGAUGGAGAGAUUGACAAUGCACUCCGGCAUCUCCGUUCUGUGGACCCUCUUCUUGUUUCUUUAAUAGAUACACUUCCUUCCCCACAAUUUGAGUUACACCAUUCUGCGUUUUUAGCCCUUAGCAAGAGCAUUCUUUAUCAGCAACUAGCUUAUAAAGCAGGUACCUCAAUCUACACUCGCUUUGUGUCCCUUUGUGGAGGAGAGGACGCUGUUUGCCCUGACACUGUCCUCUCACUCUCUGCUCAACAGCUCAAGCAAGUAGGAAUCUCGGGGCGAAAGGCUAGUUAUCUCCAUGACUUGGCAAACAAGUACAAAAGUGGGAUUUUGUCUGAUGAAACUCUCGUGAAGAUGGAUGAUAGGUCAUUGUUUACCAUGCUUUCAAUGGUGAAGGGUAUUGGUUCUUGGUCAGUGCACAUGUUCAUGAUCUUUUCACUUCAUAGACCAGAUGUUUUGCCUGUUAGUGACUUGGGGGUCAGGAAAGGUGUGCAAUUACUGUAUGGUUUGGAGGAACUGCCAAGACCGUCGCAGAUGGAGCAAUUAUGUGACAAAUGGAGGCCAUACAGAUCCGCAGGGGCAUGGUAUAUGUGGCGGUUAGUGGAAGGGAAAGGGACUCCAACUACUGCAGCAGCACCAAUUGAUGGAGGUAAUGUGCAGACAUUGCAGCAAAUUCAGACAGAACAGGAGACACAACAACAUCAACUGCAGCUUCUCGAGCCAAUUAAUGGCAUCGAAAAUCUUGGGGCUUGCAUUUGGAGCCAAUGAUUGCAGUGUUGAUUAAACUGUUUUCUGAGGCUCCCUAAGAUCCUGUGCACCAAUAUUCUGUAGCAUGUGUUAGUACUGAACUUAUGUUGCAGAGAUUGUGAAGUUGUAAUAGCAAGCAAUUGUGCUUGAUUGAUGUGGGAACUGCACUUUUUAGUCCCCCCUCAAUUUUCAUCCCCCCUUUAAAUGUAAAAAGCUCUGGAAUUAGCAGCUUCCAUCUGUGUUAUGAUUUUUGGCAACUUGAUGUACCAUAAAUAAAUGUUAGUACUAUAAUAGAGACUUAAAACAGAGAGUCUUUGUUU